AUGGAACGCAAACUCUACUUCGGGACUACACAACAAUUGUAAAAUAAGCAAUACUAAUAUCCAACUAAUUUUAUACGGACAAGCAGGUAUCCAUUAAAUCAUAUUUGAGGUACAAUAUGAUAACCUUCCUUCCAUAUUCAUUAGCAUUACAAUUCUAGAGGAUGGCGAACAUCUAUUUUCUUAUUAUUGCCAUAUUGUCGUUUUUUAAAUCCAUCUCACCAUUUAGCCCGAUAAAUUCUAUUGCACCUUUGCUCUUUGUGGUGUCCUUGUCCAUGUUAAGAGAUGGAUAUGAAGAUUAUCAAAAACACCUUAGUGAUAAUGAAUUGAAUUCAUCUCCCACUACCAUAUGGACCAGUGGGGGUUUUGUGAAGAAAACAUGGAAAGAUGUACUCAUAGGAGAUAUCAUAAAAAUUGAUGAAUUAGAAAUAAUCUCUGCUGACAUAGUGGUGUUAUAAACUUCUUAAGACGGGAUCUGUUUCAUCGAAACCUCCUCUUUGGAUGGGGAGAAGAAUUUGAAACCGAAACAAGCAGUUAAAGAGACCUAAACCAUGGAAUGCAGAGAAGGUGUAAUUGAAUGUAUAAAUCCGAAUGCUUUGCUUUACAAUUUCGAUGGAACACUCUUUUUGGAGAGCAAGAAAAUUCAAUUAACUCAUAAGAACUUUUUAUUGAGAGGAUCAAAAUUGAAAAAUGUAAAAUGGGCUAUAGGAGUUGUGGUUUAUACUGGAAUAGACACAAAAGUAAUGAGAAAUUCCGAGGAGCAAAAAAACAAAAUGAGCAACAUAGACAGAUUGAUUAAUGUCAGAAUUAUUUACAUCUUGAUCAUGCAAACAAUUGCUUGUUUAGUUUUAGCUAUUAUCUAUGGAAUAAACUGCGACAUUCAUAACAUAAAUUUUGAUUAUUUUAGUAAAAGCUUUGCUGGCUAUACAUCUUAUAAUGGAGAUGAUGACAUCUAUGAUCCAGACAUCCCAAAUUGUGCUUUGGCUUCAUUGAUGACCUUUGCUGCCUAUUUCCUACUGCUAAACACUCUGAUACCAAUAAGUUUAAUAGUAUCUUUGGAAUUUGUAAAAGUAGGUUAGGGAAUAUUUAUGUAAAAGGAUAGGGAAAUGUACACUGCUGAAAAUGAUAAGUAUGUCAAAGUGUUUAGCACUACUAUUAACGAGGAGUUGGGAUAGGUUCAAUAUGUAUUUUCAGAUAAGACCGGAACUUUGACUUGCAACAAAAUGGAAUUCAAAAUAUCUGUCUGUGGAAAUGAGACUUAUGGAGAUGUAUCCAUGUUUGAUAAGCAUGAAAUGAGCACUUUCGUAGGCAAUCAGAUCUUAAGAAGACAGAGCACUGUGCAUUCUCGAAGAUCCACAGUUGUUAAUGAAAAAGCAGGCAUUGAAUACACAUUCUCUGGCGCAGUCAUUUAAUCCAUCAUUUCUGAAACUGAUCCCAAUAAGAAUCCAACCAUAGAUCUUAAUGUGGAUACCUAUUUAAUCAGAAAUCAAGGAGAUUUGGUCAAGGAAAAUCUAAUGUUGCUAGCCACUUGUCAUGAGUGUGUUCUUGAAUUUUAAGAUGAUGGCACCUUCAAUUAUCAAGGACCUUCUCCAGAUGAAAUAGCAUUAGUAGAUGCUGCUCGAAGGCUAAACAUAAUAUAUAAAGGGAUUACUAUGGGCAUGAUGGAGGUAGAUGUGCUUGGGGUUAAGGAAAAGGUUGAACUCUUGUUCUCCUUUGAAUUUAAUAGUGAUAGGAAGAGAAUGUCUGUUAUCAUUAAGCAUAAGGGUGUGAUUAAAUUAUAUACUAAAGGAGCUGAUGCAAUUAUCAAAUAAAGAUUGGGUCCAAAUCAACCAUUUUUAGAAGGGGUUGAUAAAAAAUUGGAUAUGUUCUCAAGGAAAGGAUUGAGAACACUAUGUUUAGCUAUGAGAGUUCUUGAUGAGAAAAAGUUCAAUGAGUUCUCAUAAGCUAUGAAUGACACUCUAGGUGGGAAUGACGCUGAAAAAAAGUAAACUGAAUUAAUUAAUCAAAUUGAGUAGAAUCUUACACUCAUUGGAGCAACUGCUGUGGAAGAUAAAUUAUAGGACGAUGUUCCAGAAACCUUAGCAGAUUUUCUUAAAGCUAAUAUAAAUGUGUGGAUGUUGACUGGAGAUAAAUUGGAAACAGCUGAAAAUAUUGGUAGAUCUUGUAAUUUGUUAUAAGAGUAAAUGGACGUUUUCUUUUUAACUCCUGGUUGUGAUAUCCUAUCUAUAUUUAAUAAAAUCGCUGAUCAUGUUAUAUAGAAACCUACUUCUAAAAGAGCUAUGAUUAUAGAAGGUAUUGUGUUGGCUGUUCUAAAUGAAAACGAAAAUCUAACUAAAUAUUUAGUUUUGUUAGCUCCUCAUCUUCAUACAGUUAUUUGUUGUCGUGUUACUCCAAAAUAAAAAGCAGACAUGGUUAGAUUAGUUAAGAAUGAAUUAGGAAAGAUUACUCUGGCUGUUGGAGAUGGUGCUAAUGAUGUCAAUAUGAUUUAGGAGGCACAUAUUGGGAUUGGAAUUUAUGGCCAAGAAGGUAUGAGAGCUGUUUAAGCUAGUAAUUAUGCUAUUGGUUAAUUUAAAUGUCUUUGGAAAUUAGUGUUAUUUCAUGGAAGAUAAAAUUACAUUCGUAUUUCUGAAAUGAUUUUAUACUUCUUUUACAAAAAUAUCAUAUUCACUGUCCCUCAAUUCUAUUUUGCCUUCUUUUGUGGAUUAACUGGAACCAGUGUAUUUGAUUAAUUGUAUUAUUUCUCAUCAUUUAACUUAGCUUUGUCUCAUUUUACAAUACUGUAUUUACAUUCCUGCCUGUGGUCAUAAGAGCCAUCUUCGAUGAAGAUGUUUUCUAUACACAAAAAAGGAAGGAAACAAUAUUAGGCAGCAAAAGAAUCACUUAAGGAGAAGAGGAAAAUGACAUACUCAGAUAGAGUUAUCCAUUACUUUAUUAUAUAGGCCAAAAAAACACUAUAUUUACAAGCGAAAAGUAAUUAAUGGAUAAUAUUAUUUCUAGAUUUUUUAAAUGGUUUUCAAUUGGAAUUUUCUAAGGAUUGGCAUGCUUCUUUUCAUUUUACCUAGAAUUAAAUGAUACUACUUUCAUUAAACAAUCUGGAUAUAACAAUGAUUUAUGGUUCUUUAGUAUGUCAAUGUCUACUGCCAUCAUGAUUGUAAUCAAUUUUUUUAAUUAUUAGCUUGUUACAUUAAAACUAGCUUUGAAUACUCAAUUCUGGACAAUCAUAACUUGGGUUGCCUAUUUAGGAACCAGUUUAGGUACUUAUUUUGCCUAUAUGUGGGUAUCCAACAUUAUACCUUCAUCUGCCAUUUUUGGAACUACUUAGAUGUUAUUUUCAAGCUAUGCCUUUUAUCUAAGUCUGGCAUUAUCUGUAUUAUCAAUGUUUAUUCUUGAUUUAUUGAUGUUCACAAUCAAGACAUCAAAGGAUACUUUACUAAACUAUAUGAAAAGAUAAGCAAGAUAAAAUUAACAAUUAGAUAUCGCUAAAAUAUCCAAGUUAGAAAAAAAACUAUAGGAACAAAUUUCAGAAAUGGAAAUGCCUGGAUUUGAAUUAUGUUAAAAAAGAAGUUUGCUUGAGUCUAGUUUCUCAUUUAGUGAAAAUACUUCUAAAGAUGGAGAUAGAAAGAAUAAUUAAUGA